AGUGACUUCAUCUUCGACUAACACUCCAGAAACUGCGGUCUUUUUCGGUGGGAAAAAAUCGAAGAUAUGGAGUGCGCUUUAAAUCUUGUGUUAUUAUUUCUGCUUUCGCUAUGCAGUAUAGUAGUUUUAGACGCAAAACUCGAAUUGAUCUCAUCUGACAAGACACCAUGUAGGAAAAGUUCAGUGAAUUACAAUGUGACCCUCAGUAAGGGCGCCAAGGCUGGGAAGUACUACAAGAUGGUUGGAAUUAAAGAGAUGGACGGAUGCGUAAAACACUGUUGUGGAUCGAAGAGAUGCGACGUUGCUUUUAUGGUCAACAAAAAUUGUUAUUUAGUCAAGUGUCACAAUUCUGACUCAUGUGACCUCAAGAAGUCUGAUAAUCCCAAAUUUGACACGAUGCUUUCAAUGGUCUCACAAACAAAACUAAAAGAGGCUAAAGGAGAGGGUAAGGGGGAACCUGCCCUUGAAGAAAACCUUCAAGAAAAAGCUUCUGGGAUUGAAACCACGGAACCUUUCAUUGUUGAAAACCCAGAUGACGACAUGACCACAGUGACAGCUUUUGGGACUGGCAAAACCAAACGAACUAAGCGUUCUUCUGAUAUAAUCGACAUGGUGGUAGCAAUUGGUUGCGGGACGGUGGCUGUUGCAGUAGGUGUGGCUGGCGUAAUUGUGAUGACAAGACGUUUGAUUGACAACAACAAAGCGGAAACUUCAAGCUGAGGGAGAAAAAAUACUGACUUUUUUCUCGAGCUCAAAGGACUACAGUCAUCAGAAUCUUUACCUAGUUUACUGCAAUUUCUGGCCGGUAGGAAACGCAAUCCUGAGUAGAUUUCAUUUGCAAAGCUGGCCACAGGUGCUAUAAGAAAGAAAAUGGAAAAUCCAUGAUUUCCAGGAAGACUGACCUGCUGUCAGGUGACAUUUAUUUGGACGAUUUUACCGUAAACCAGCUUUCAUCAAUGUUUUUUGUGGGACCACAUGGUCCCAGUCUGGUCAGAACGGCUUUUAAAGGGAUUAUUAGGGCCUAACAGGAGCUUUAGCACGGACCUUCUCCAAACACAAAUGGUUACCGGAAGGCGCAAAAAGAAAACCAUCUAUCGCUUUGACCUGAUGUAUUCAAUACGAAAAGUUUUGUUAAAAACGGUAAAUCUAUACUGCGCACCACGGGAAAGAGCAUUUACUUUUGAGCCAUAUUCUUGGCUGGAAUAUCUAGUCAUUUUGCUCUCAGGUAAUGAAAUUUGCGGGCCUUGAUUGUGCUCCUGUAAAGAGACGUUAGUGUCAAAUUGGGAAAAGAAUUGUUUUUCGCAACAAAUAUAUUUUUGUAAAGCGUAUUUAAAAUAUAUUGAUUUGUAUAAACUCCUCAAUAAGUUAGUUUCAUUCUAGAAAUAGCGCGCAACUCUCAACAUUUAUUUACUGCGCGUAAUUUUUACUGGCCAAACAAACAUUCAGCUGACUUUACAUUUAUGGCAAGAAUUAUUUUGGGAUACAAAUCGAGAUUCGUAGAAGCUUUAACAGUUAAUGUGAAAGAUAAAUCGCAUCUCUUUUUCUCUUUGUAAUUCUACGACACAACAACGUAGAUACAGCGACUUUUUAUGAAUAGAUUAUUCCAGUAAUGGUCAAA